UGGUUGACUGGUGAUGUCAUUUCCGAUUACAAAUUUCUUACCCCCACCACCGAUAUGCUCUCUCCAGUCCUCCAUGCAUAUGUCGGACGCUACGUUUGUAGCCACCGCAGCAGUUAAAUGUCAAUACAAAUAUAAACAUACGUUUAAUACAUAUAUAUAUAUAUAUAUAUGUAUACACAUUCAUGAUUUGUACAUUAUACAUGUUUGUUUUUUUUCGGCCUGUAUGUACACUUCAUAUGGCUUUCGCUUUGUCAUUAGUUUGAGUGGAAAUUUCUUCAUCGUGAAUUGUUUUCAAUAUAUAAAAGUCCAAGUUAAUCGUCGAGGCACACUUCGUUGAGCAGAAACAUGCCGAGCAUAGAGUUUGGACAACGAAGCGGCGGCGGCGGCAUUGCGGCGUCUGAGGCACAAAUGUUGUCAGAGUUCGAAUUUUUAGAAGAAAGCAAUCAGUUUGUUCCCGAUGAUCUUUUUCAAUCAUGGAGUUCCGAAUUAGGAAUACCUAUCAUGCCAGAGGGAGAUGCAAUCUUGGAUUACGAUAAAGCUACGAAUAAUGGAGUAAAAAACAUUUUCGACUUAUGGACUCCCUUUAAAGAGCUUGACUUCAGCUGCGCAGAAAACAGCUUAGAAUUGGAAGAGAUAGACGAGUUGACAAAUGAAAUCAAGAUUGAACCUGAAAGCCCGACUGCACAAUUUCCAUUGUCACCCAAUAGCCUUAAUCAUUCAGAAUCUAAUGAUUCAGACAGACAAGUGAGAUGUUCAAUGGAAGAAGUGUCAAACUGUAUGCAAAAUAUGAAAACAGAGUUUAUGUUAGAAAGACCACUGAUCUCUUCUCCGCAAUGUGUAUCUCCAUUUUCGCAAUCAUCUCAGUCUUCAAGUUCAUCAAGUGCAAUACAACAAGUUAAAAUCAUACCUAUUACCAAAGAAGACACAGAGCCUACAAAAUACAUUCUCACGAAAGCGGAUUCUGCGAAACAUGCUCACAUCCAACCCAUAAAUAUUGCACAAAAUAUAAAAUAUGACGAGCCUCAAAAUACUAUCUUUCUCCAAGACUUUGCUACAUUCGCACAGAACGCAAAUUCACAGCAAGUAUUAUAUCCUUCAAAAUUUCGGGUAUUAUCGACAAAUGAACAACAAAAUUCAUUAAAUAUCAAUUCAACUGAUAAAAAGACGGAAACUACUGCGUUUCAAUUACCGCAGAAUGUAAAAAUAAUCAAUACUAUAUCAAAUAUUUGCCCAACGAAUACUACUGAGUCAAUGGAUACUUCUAUUUUAAAGAAUGGAUCUGUGAAAUGUAACAACAUUGUUGUUGCAAACAAAACCAUGAAUUACACACCAUUUCAAGUAAUGCAAAAUAAAAUCAAUUCCAAUUCAUUAAUUGUGAAGAACGAAGCGAUUGAUUUCAUAAAUUUGCCAAAAAAUAAUCAGGAACAUAAAUUGAAGGCAUUAAAAAGACAACAAAGAAUGAUAAAAAAUAGAGAAUCUGCUUGCCUUUCACGAAAAAAGAAAAAGGAAUACGUAUCCUCUUUGGAAAAACAAGUAUCUGAAUUGAAGGAAGAGAAUAGACAAUUAAAAUCGGAAAAUACAAUCUUGAAACAAAGACUGUCAAAAAUGGAAAACGAUACCACAAAUAAUAAUAAAAAGCAUAAUUUCAGUUUUAAACCUUCGAAAAAGAAUGUAAAGGGAAGCGCUGUUAUUCUUUUCGGUAUAAUUUUCAUGGUAUCUUUCAAUAUUGAUGGUUUUAGGGGAACACUUUCACAAAAUGUACAUUUUAAAACAGAAUCUGACAGUUUAAUGUCAGUACCUAUAACAGAGGAUAAACAUAAUAGAAGAUUGUUUUGGACGGUAGAUGACACCGAUAACAAUAUGGAAGAUCGAAUUGAAGAAAGUUUUAAUAAAAGUGUACCGACACAUCAACCAAUAUGUCCAAUGUAUAUUAAUCAGAGUGAAUCGAUACGUUUAGAUAGCGAAUUGAGACGUUGGAUCGUUGGUGAGUCUGAUCAAGAUAAUCAAACUGCUCUAAGGAAAACGAAAUUAGAAGCAGAUUCGUUAAAUGUAUCAUUGUCGAGAUCGCCAUUGGAAGAAAAAGCAAGAAGAAAAUUGUACUUGUCACGAGAUAGGAAAGUAAAAACUAUGCAUAAACUGAUCGAUGUUCCUGCCGUUGAUCAAUAUUCAAAUAAUAACGCAAUUGAGAUCUUCUCACCGAUAUUGAGCGAGCAUGCUUCUUUAUUUGAAGCUUUAGGAAGAAAAGACGAUACAUUUUAUGUUGUCUGGUUUAGUGGUGAACAUUUAUUAUUGCCAGCUUCCCGAAAAAAUAACACAGCUAGACCUAAAAUGUCUUUAGUUCUACCUGCUGUGUCUAUAAACGGUACAUUUUCAACGCCACCUAAACAUAUAACAAUGAUGCAAAUUGAUUGCGAGGUAACCAAUACGCAACUAUUACAUUUACAACAAUCCAUCAUACCUGUUCAUUUGCGAAACAGUAAGCCUACAAGUCAAUCGAAUCAAUCUCAUUCUGUUGAGGACAUAGACGAUCCAUCCACAGAUAAUAUCACUAGAAAUUACAAACCAUACUUUUUGAAAGAAACAAAUCGAAAACAUCGAUAUAGAAAACAUUUUAUGUAAUGAUAAAUUA